AUGAAUGAAGAGAAGAUUUGUUUGGAAUCAGCUACCAUUGACUCAGUGAGAGAGUAUCCAAUUGAUAAUCUUGCAUCGUUUGUUCAAGUUCCAGCAAGUGAACCCCCAACUAAACUGAAAGAGCUAAUCGAUACUUGGGGUCUAAUUAAACAUGGUGAAGGUGGGUACUUUAAAGAGACAGAUAGAUCUCCAUUUGUAAUGGAUGCGCCAACUAAGAUAACUAAGAAAGGAUCUUGGGAAGAAGAAGAAACUACUAAGCUAGUACUUUUGAAAAGAAAUUACUCUACUUUGAUCUAUUAUUUAUUAACACCGGAUUCGCCAAUUGGUAAGAUGCAUAAGAAUAGGAAUCGUAUAAUACACAUCUUACAACGUGGGAAGGGGCAAUAUGUACUAAUCUACCCUAAUGGGCAAGUGAAAUCAUUCCGUGUUGGGUUUGAUUAUGCUAAUGGUGAAGUUUCUCAAUGGGUCGUCCCCGGAGGGGUAUAUAAGGCAAGCUUCCUGGUUCCUAAUGAAGAAUUCCAUAAUGGUUUACUGAUUAGUGAAGUAGUGGUCCCAGGAUUUGAUUUUGAGGAUCAUUUGUUCAUGUCUGGAUAUGAUGAAAUGGUGAAUCUUCUAGGAGAAGAAAAAGCUGCAUCUUUGAAGUUUCUGCUCUAA